UUCUCCUGUCGCUCCAACUCGUUGACACCGCGGUAAUAGACGUGGUCGGAUUUAAGAUACGUGGACUGGUUUUUUUUUCCAAUGAAGAACGAGCAAGUACUACUAGGUCAGUUUCAGGACCAAAGCCAAAAAGUGAUAGACCUAAGAUAGAUGCCGGUGAUUUUAUGAAGGACAUACUCGACGUAUCAUUCAACCGUAUACGAAAAAUAACGAAAGACGAAAUAGGAAAAUACAAAAGAGUAAAAAUUCUGUACUUAUCCGAUAAUUUACUAACAAAUUUGGAUGACUCGACGUUCGAAGAUUUAGGCGACCUGAUCACGUUGGAUUUAUCGCUGAACGCCAUCGUACAACCACCCCCAACGCUAUUUCGACUUCCGUCACUUAAGCGUCUAUAUUUAAGCCAAAAUCAGAACAUAAACAUAAUCGAUAUGAUCGAACAGGCGAAACCGAUCAGCAGUCCCUUGGAAUUGCUGGACGUCAGCUUCGACGAGCUGAAAACUCUGCCAGAUCUCGGGUUACUACCCUAUCUGCUAUUGUACAAUAUCUCCGGAAAUCACUUGCUUAAUUUGAAAGUAAGCGACAUAGCCGGCGUUUGCAAUUUGAAGGUGUUGGCGAACGCGAACUUUUCGGCUUCCUUUCAAAACCCCUGCGACUGUUGGAAUUUUCAACAGACGGGUGAAUUUAUGGCAGUAUUGAAUGUCGUACUGCUAUCUUUAGAGACAGGUUCGGUUUCUCAUCUAAAUCAUAACGGCGCGGCGAGGCUUUAG